AUGAAGGGUCUCUCUGGCGGCCGCCCUGCCCACCUCCAGCUCACCUCUCCCACCUCAGCCCACACCUGCGGCCUGGCUGAAUGUGACCAUUCCUUUGACCAUCACCUCCACUAUGGCGACUCACGCCCCCCCUCCUACCUCCUCAGCCCCACUGAAAGCUGCCCCCUUGAGGGUCACCAUCGCUGCUCCCCACGGAGCUCCAUCCACUCCGACUGCAUGGUGAUUCCGGUGUCCAUGUCGGCCACCGACCACUCCAUCUCAAGUAGCACUUUCCCCCGCAUGCACUACGGCAGCGCUUCACGGGACAGCGGUGGCAACACCUCUGGCGGCAGGGAAUCGCGAGAUGAUGGUGGCUCAUCCUCACACGGUGGUAGUGGAAAAAUGAACCGAAUCCCGGCAAACCUUCUGGACCAAUUUGAGAAGCAGAUGCCACUGCACAGGGAUGGGUUCCACACAUUGCAGUACCAACGCACCUCCACUACAACCACGACUACAGAGCAGCGUAACGAAAGCCCUGGGCGAAUUCGUCAUUUAGUCCACUCAGUACAGAAGCUCUUCACAAAGUCACAUUCUCUAGAAGGUUCUUCCAAGAUGAAUGGUACCAAAAGCGACUCGCAUCGGGACGGCUCACACCACCAUCAUCACCACCAUCAAGGCCACCACAAACACAGCAAACGCAGCAAAAGCAAAGAACGCAAAGCUGAAGGCAGUGGGAAACAACGUUCGGGAGGUUGGUGGAGUUCGGAUGACAACCUGGAUAGUGACAGCACGUACCGAACACCGAGUGUCAUGUCAAGACAUCCUGUGGACCACAUCAGCCACUGUUACCCUGACUCAGUGCAUGCACACCUGGCCGGGGACCUGUCACUAAAGACCUCCAAGAGUAAUAACGACGUCAAGUGCUCAGCCUGUGAGAGCAUAAGCAUGGCACCAGAAGGCAAGUUCAUGAAGAGGAGCUCUUGGUCCACGUUAACGGUCAGCCAAGCCAAGGAGGCCUACAGGAAGUCCUCACUCAACCUGGAGAAGCCCAUGACGCCAACUGACCUUAAGCCCAACCUCAGGCCCUGUCACUUUCUACAGGUGCCACAGGAUGAGUGGGGUGGUUACCCUGGCGGGGGGAAGGAUGAUGAGAUUCCUUGUCGUCGUAUGCGGAGCAGCAGCUAUGUUAAAGCCAUGGGGGAUGAAGAGAGUGGAGAUUCGGACUCCAGCCCCAAGACAUCGCCUCAAAAGAUGGUGCGGCCAGAUGCCCUGGUCAAAGCCAUCAUCAGACCCAGGGACCUGCUGGACUCUCAGAGUCAGAGCUACCACUUGCAAGCCACCAGGGACAUGCACCCAAGCAUUGCACUGGAUCCCUCUGCCAACUACAACUCUCCGAAGUUUCGCUCCAGGAACCAGAGCUAUAUGCGAGCAGUCAGCACCCUCAGUCAGGCUAGCUGUGUUAGCCAAGUGAGUGAGACGGAAAUAAAUGGCCAGUUUGAAUCAGUUUGCGAGUCAGUGUUCAGUGAGGUGGAAUCACAGGCCAUGGAGGCUUUGGACUUGCCUGGUUGCUUCCGAACCCGGAGCCACAGCUACCUGCGAGCCAUCCAAGCUGGCUACUCCCAAGACGAUGACUGCAUCCCACCCAUGGCUUCCACUGUCACCUCCACCAUCAGAUCUACCACAGGGAUCCAGUUCUGCCUCCCCUCCACCUGCAGCAUUGAUCGGACUCCCCAGCACACCCCAGCCAUCACCUACACACCCAACUACAAGAAGGCCCCUCCACCGGUCCCACCCCGCACCACUUCCAAACCCCUUAUCUCCAUCACGGCCCAGAGCAGCACCGAGUCCACCCAGGACGCCUACCACGAAGGGAGGCACCCUCAUGGUGGAAUGUGGGCCCCUGACGGCCUCAGCAUGGGGUUGAACCCUGGCAGGGGCCUUUAUAACUCCGUGGACAGCUUGGACAGUGCCAAGGCCGUGACUAUAGCUAUGGAAGCUGCAGGAGUCAUUGCUGGAAAAAGACAUCCAUCCACAGACAGCCACAGCUCAGUGCUCACCUGCGACAAGGCCAUUCUCGUGUCCAAAGCUGAAGAGUACUUGAAGACGCCUCGGUCCUCUAUAGGGAUACAGGUGGAAGCAGCCACAGACUCUGAAUCUGAGAGCAAAGGCUCACGGGAAUACCACUCUGUUGGGAUCCAGGUGGAAGAUGACAAGAAAGGACAGGGCAGGUUCAAACGCUCCAACAGUGUGACUGCAGCUGUGCAGGCUGACAUGGAGUUGGAGGGCUUCCCUACCAUGGAGGACAAAGGUCUGCAGUUUGGUGGGGGCUUCCAGCGUCACUCAGAGCCCAGCACGCCCACCCAGUAUGGGGCUGUGAGAACCGUUCGCACACAGGGGCUUUUCAGCUACCGCGAGGAUUACCGUACCCCUGCUGAACCCCCCAGCCCAAGGGAGAACACCAGCGAGACCACCUGGCAGCUGGAACCCCCUUCUCCACGGGAGAGUGCAGUCUCAUCAGGCGAGUCGGGCAGGGCCUCUCCCUCCCUGAGGAGAGAUGGGAGCUGGUUCAUGCAACUGCUCCACACGGAAACCAAGAGGAUUGAGGGAUGGUGUAAGGAGAUGGAGGCAGAAGCAGAGGAGAAUGACCUAUCAGAGGAGACCCUUGGAAAAAUACGAAGUGCGGUGGGAAGCGCUCAGCUGCUCAUGUCUCAGAAAUUCCAGCAAUUUUACUGGCUCUGUCAGCAAAACCUGGACCCCAGUGCCAUGCCGCGGCCCACCUCUCAGGACCUGGCUGGGUUCUGGGACCUACUGCAGCUCUCCAUUGAUGACGUCACUAUGAAGUUUGACCAACUACAGCAGAUUAAGAACAACAACUGGAGGCCCAUAGACAGUCCAGAGAAGAAGCCACCAGCUCUUGUACCAAAGAAGACAGUUCGACAGAAGAGUAUUAUUACCAGGGAGAAAUCCCUGGACCUCCCAGACAGGCACCGACAGGAGGCUCGGCGGCGGCUUAUGGCAGCCAAGCGAGCAGCCUCCUUCCGGCAGAACUCAGUCUCAGAGCGAGCGGACAGCAUCGAGAUCUAUAUUCCCGAGGCUCAGACUAGACUUUGA